UGCAUGUAUGGAUGCUCGUCUUGAUACUGCACGCGCGCUCGGACUUGAAGAAGGUGAUGCGCAUGUAAUCCGUAAUGCUGGCGGUCGCGUCAGCGACGCCCUCCGUAGUAUUGUUAUUUCCCAGCAGCUGCUCGGAACUCGCGAGAUCGUCAUUGUCCAUCAUACUGAUUGUGGCAUGCUUACCUUCUCUGAUGAAGAUAUCCGGACUAAAAUCAAGAGCGGUUUGAAGCAAAACGUGGACCAUAUUGCAUUCUUACCAUUCAAGGACCUGAAGCAAAGUGUUCUGGACGAUAUCCAGAUUCUCAAAGAUAGCCCGUUAGUUCUCGAUGUGCCGAUCACUGGCUACAUUUAUGAGGUCGAGACAGGCAAGAUUGUGAAGGUUGGAAGUGCUUGAUUUUGCCAUGAUUUGUUAAUUGAACAGAGAUACUGUGGACAUGCAAUUUCAUUUUUGAUUGCGUUCUCAAUAUUUUAUUUAAAGCAGGUGCUGGAACAAUGCAUUGACGCCCGUGAAAUGCAGAGUCUGAGUUCUACAUGUUAAUGUUGUGUUUUUU